AAGAAUAUUUCAAGAGAGUGUCAAAACUUCUUUGUAACCAUUUACACUGAAGAAAAUGGACAAAAUAUGUGUAUUGCUGCUUGUGGGAAUGCUUUUUACAGCUAAUGAAGGCAAGAGUACUGAAAUAAUAGUUUCUUCAUCUAAGUGUGAUGGUACAUAUACAUUGAACGAUGAUGAUACUUUGAAACUCAUCUACAAAGGAGCUAGUAUAUCGCAGUGCAAGUUUACUAUAAAGCUCAAAGAUUUCACGGAUGAUAUUUGUUCCUCUGCUGAAAAGUUUAAAGUGUCUAGUUGUGAUACCACAGUAGAAUAUCAUGGAGGUUCAUAUUUAUCUUCAUUUCCUGAUGAAACAUACAGUUGCACAAAUAAGCAAUGGUCUGAUUACUGCACAUCAUUUUCAACUUUGACUAUCGUAUUCAGUAAAACAGGAAGUUGGUCAAAUACUGAUGAUGUAGAGUUGAAGGUCUACAGCAAGGGAAACCAGAUAGUUGAUGCAGUAGUUACAAGUGUGUAUGUGAUAAUUGGUGUGAUAGUGGGGAUUGUUGUGCUAGUCAUCAUCAUAACUAUAGUUGUUAUAUUUGUCUGUUGCCGUCGACGACGCAACCAGGCUGGUACCGUGUACAGGUCACCACAAGCUGCAGCUGUAACAACAACAACUACAGGAUAUCCAAUGCAAAAUCAACCUGGUUACCAGCCUGUCCAACCAGCUUAUCAACCUGGGUACCAACCAAAACCUGAGUACCAACCACAACCUGGGUACCAGCCACAACCUGGAUUCCAGCCACCUGCACAACAGACAGGAUAUCCUCCUGCACCACAACAGGGAUAUGCAGGGUACCAGACAAAUCCUGAUCCAGGGUUGUAUCCUGAAAAAGCUUCAGCACCACCUAUGCAGCCUCCACCUUAUCCUGGUAACUAAGGAGCUUAUCACCAUGGCAACUGUACAGAGUAGAAUUAGAAUUGAUUCUGUGUUCUACAUGAUCUUUUGAUUAUUUUGAAUUGUAUUACAUUAAAAACUGUAUAUAUUUGAGUAUGUCAAUAGUUUCAUAUUCAUAGUAAUCAUGUAUGACAAAGUUUAUGAGGUAUUUAUUCAGGUCUCUUAUUGAGUUGUCCGUCUGGCCAAGUUCUUUUGAAAAGUACUUGUCCUGAUCUAGAGCAUACAUUCUGAUCUAAAACAUGGAAGGGAUUAAAUUUUUCCUUAUUAAGUUUAAUAAGCAAAGUUUAAAAUAUCAUCAAUCAUAUUUUCCACUUAGUCCACAUGAAAUGCAAGUUGUUUUCUAAGAAGAACACUACAUGAAUUCUUUAUUUUCUAAGGAAGAAUGCUAAAUAUAGCCUCUGAUCUUGCAUAAGUACAAUGCAAAUAAAACUUGUUAAACAUUCAGACAUAUCAUCUCUUGUUACUUUUGAUACAUGUACUAUUACAAAAGAUUUAUAUAGCACUAACACAUGAAAGUAAUUACCUGUGACUAUAUGUUAUGAUAGAAUUCUUCAGUAUUAAAACUGACUAUAUAUUAUGAUAGAAUUCUUCAGUAUUAAAACUGACUAUAUAUUAUGAUAGAAUUAUUCAGUAUUAAAACUACCAGUUAAAGUACCAGCUGUGACUUUAGGCAAACAAUUGAGCAUGUCUUGUUUUUUAGCUCACCUGUCACAAAGUGACAGGGUGAGCUUUUGUGAUCGCUUUUCGUCCGGCGUCCGUCCGUCCGGCGUCCGGCCGGCGUCCGUAAACUUUUACUUUAAAUGACAUCUCCUCAUAAACCACUAAGCCAAUUUCAUCCAAACUUCACAGGAAUGUCCCUUUGGUGGUAACCUUUGAAAAUUGUUCAAAGAAUUUAAUUCCAUGCAGAACUCUGGUUGCCAUGGCAACCAAACGAAAAAACUUAAAAUAUCUUCUUCUAAAAAAUCCAAAAAGCAAGAGCUUAGAUAUUUGGCAUGAAACAUCUUCUAGUGAGUGUCUACCAAGUUUGUUCAAAUAAAAGCCCUUGGGUCAAAAUUGACCCCGCCCCAGGGUGGUUCUUGAUUUUCCCUAUAUGCAUAUAGUAAAAACUUAAAAAAUCUUCUAUUUAAGAACCCAAGGAGCUAGAACUAUGAUAUUUAGCAUAAAACAUGUUCUAAUGUGUGUCUACCAAGUUUGUUCAAAUAAAAGCCCUGGGGUCAAAAUUGGCCCCGCCCCAGGGGGUCAUUGAUUUUCCCUAUAUGCAUAAGGUAAAAGCUUUAAAAAUCUUCUUUUAAAGAACCAAAAGAGCUAGAGCUAAGAUAUUUAGCAUGAAACAUCUUCUAAUAGAUGUCUACCAAGAUUGUUCAAAUAAAAGCCCUGGGGUCAAAAUUGGCCCUGCCCCAGGGGGUCAUUGAUUUUCCCUAUAUACAUAUAGUAAAAACUUAAAAAAUCUUCUUUUAAAGAAUCAAAAGAGCUAGAGCUAAGAUAUUUAGCAUGAAACAUCUUCUAAUGGAUGUCUACCAAGUUGGUUCAAAUAAAAGCCCUGGGGUCAAAAUUGGCCCAACCCCGGAGGUCAUUCAUUUUCCCUAUAUGUGUAAAACUAUAGCAAAAAUUGAAAAAUCUUCUUUGAAAAAACUCAAAUAGCAAGAGUUUAGAUAUUUAGCACGAAGCAUCUUCUAGUAAGUGUCUUCAAAGUUUGUUCAAAUAAAAGCCCUGGUGUCAAAAUUGGCCCCGCCCCGGGGGACAUUGAUUUUCCUUAUACGAGUAUAGCAAAAACUUAAAAAUCUUUUUUUUAAAAAACCCGAAUAGCUAGAGUUUAGAUAUUAAGCAUGAAACAUUUUCUAGUAAGUGUCUACAAAGAUUGUUCAAAUAAAAGCCCUUUGGUCAAAACUGGCCAUGCCCCAGGUGUGUCAUUGUUUUUAACUAUAUGUGUAAAGAAAAACUUUGAAAAAUCUGUUUUUAAAAAUCCCAACGAGCUUGACCUUUAGAUGUUUAGCAUGAAACAUCUUCUAAUGGUUGUCUACAAAGUUUGUUCAAAUAAAAGCCCCGGGCUUUAAACUGGCCCUGCUCCGGGGGCCUAUGUACAGGUGAGCGACUUCAGGGCCAUCAUGGCCCUCUUGUUUGCCAGACUUAAUUAAUUGAUAGCACCAGAAAAAGAGAAUACCAAAUUUACACAAUAUUUUCUUAAUGUUUUUCUGUAUGACCUUUCUGAUAAGACAUUUCUAGUAUAUUUUAUUAAUGGUAGUAUAUAGUAUUAAUUGUUAAUCUUAUACUCUAAGUAUUAGAUGAAUUUGCAUGCUAUCAGUCAUGUUUGUAUUUACUUGUCCAAUAUAAAGAAAGGUUUUAAGACCACACUUACCAAGACCAAGCUUUUAGUCAUCUCUUGGUAAUCAUUUUAUUUGAGCCAUGAAAACUUUAAAUGAUACAUUCUUAUAUGAAGCUAUGAGUAGAAAUGCAACUGUUCUUAGUUUCUCACAGAGUAUGACACAAAGACAGGAGUUUACUUCUAAAACUGUUAAAUUAAUGUCAGAAUUCAAUUUUGGAUCAAAGAAAGGGAUUACUAGGAUGGAUUGAUAUGCUAUUUGUUCUACCUUCUCAAAACUUUAAAAAAUUUAUUGCAGUUCAAAAUAAUGAAAAUAUUCAAAAAGCUGAAAUAUGUGAGAUGUUUUAUUUUGAUAAUCAAGAAUAAAUACUGGGAUCCUACAUAUUACCGGACAAAAUAUGAAAAUUUUUAUCUGUAACUUUUAUUAAAGAUAAUAAAAAAGAAUUAAAUUUUACCCAAUUAAUUUUGGGUUCUUAUUUCACAUAAACAUUCCUUUAUUAAACAUAAAAUUAAACAUUUGACCGUAGAAAUGAGUCUUUAAAGUAGGGCAUUAUAAGAGGGAAAAAAUCGUGUAGACUAAUCAAUUUACCGGACAUUGUGUUUCAAAACCUUUUGAAGUCGUGAAUUCAAAUGAAUCCUUAAAUAAUCGGGAAGGAAUCCACGACUACUGAAUGGCAAGAAUAAGAUUUUUGAAAACCAAGUAUGUCACUAGAAAUAGACACGGCAGCCAUGCCUGUUAUGAAGAGGCCAAUAUAGGGGUGAAAUUGAAAUUAACACUAUUAACUCAUUUAACGUAUUGAUUCUUCAUGAACCUUAAACGUAUGAAACAUUUUGAUAUUCAAAUGGAAUUCUGUUCUUUGUCAUACAGUUUCCUUUUGGUCAUCAUGUGGCAUGUUACAAAAGCCAUCAAAUCUAUUUUAUUUACAUUUCAUGUAGAGUUUCCUCCAGUGACCGUAACCCGUUUCCUUAUAUGUUUUUUAAUCUGCACUUCUUUGUAAAAGACAACAACGAGAUACUGUUUGGACUGAAUUUAAAAUUACUUUUUAUCAUUAAAAUAUGUUACGAUUGUCUCUUAACGUAACGCUGAGAAGAAUUAAAAGUAAAACCAAUCUAAAAUAACCCAUUAAGGGUCUCGAUAUUCGGGCCUGCGCAGAACAGAUUAUUCCCCCACAUGACCGGGUCAUGAAAUAACUAGUAAACAAAAGGGCAUGUUAGUAGAUAAAGAACUGAAUCAACAAUAAUUACCUGAGAGUAGUUUUGUUGUUAUUUACUUUGAAAUAGAUAGUGUGUGUACGAUUCAUACUGUAUAAUUUUUUAAUCGAAGCAAACAGUAAAGCACUAUUCGGCAGUAAUAGCUUUUGUCCAGUAAACUGAUUGUCUGGUAAAUAUGUAGGAUCCCAGUACAGUAUAUUUUCACUCUUAUGAUUUUACAAAGAAACAAUUACAAAUUAUCGGAAAAGUGUUUGUAAUGUUGUUGUUGUUUGUUGAUACUGUAUGUGAUAUUGAGACAUAUGUAAAUUUGUAAAUAAUGUAUCGUAGCAAUAUGAUUAUAAAUUUUUCAUUAUAUUCAAUUUAGCUUGACUUUUAUAAUAGAGUGGGUUACUCUACUCACUCUGGCAUCUGUUUCAGUGUCAUUUUUUUGUUUGUUUAAGUUUCUUACCACCCAACUCUUUUCUAUACCUUUUAAGGUAAUGCUUUGAAACUUUGAAAUGUUGUGUAAGAACCUCAUUUUCAUGGUUAGGAAACUACCCGCCUAUAUGACUGAAAUACUGUUGGGAAAAGGCGUGAAAUGAAACAAACAAACAAACAAACAAAACUUCUAGGCAAAAGACAGGAUUUUAUGUAUUUUUUAUUUAAUUUUAGACUUGUAAGGAAAAUUUCAGUUUAGUUUAUCAAACCGCACCUCUUUGUCUAUAUCUAUUGAUGUUUUGCUUUCAAACUGACAAUACUUGUUCAGUAAUUGGCAAAAGGAUAUAACUCCCAUCAAGAAUUUUAACAAAAUCAUGUCCCUUUUACUGGCAAAAACUUGGGUACUACCCCAGUGUUUUACUAUAACCUUUAAGGUAUAAUAAAUAUAAAAUAAAUCCUUCUUUUGUCCCCUUUUCUUUGUAAUAUAGUAUUUACCUUCACUGGAUUUAUUUAAUUGACCUGUCAUUUUGCACUUUCAAGUACAUGUACUUGUGUACUUGUAAAAAGUCGAGUGUACUGUUUUUAAGACAGCUUAUUAUGACCCUGUUACAUACAAUCCUCACUUUAUGUCAUCUCAGAUAAUUGUUUCUGUAAGUUUAUUCAAAAGAGAGGCUCUUUUCUUAAAUUUCUGCAUGAUUUCAUGGUUUUGGCAUACUCAUUAUUUGUUUGUUUUGAAUUUCUAAAAAAAGAAAUUAGGAUUAAAUUUAAUUCAACAAAUGUUAAGAUUUGUUUUUAAAAUUUUUUUUGCUGUUUAUUGUAAAACUAUUAAUUUAUCACUCAAAAUGGCUGUGUAUGUUACACACCAAUAAUAGUUAAAUGGCUAAUUGUCAUAUGUUUAAGUCAUUUUUUUUUCAUUACUGUUGAAAGUUAGCUUUGAUAUCAUGUAAUGGCUGUGGGGUUUUUUUUAUCAUUAUAUUUUUACUCUUAUUUAAGGGAUGAUAUUUGUCGUUUUAGCUUACAUGCAUUUGCUUUCAAUUUUGUGUAAUUAUUUAAAGAUGAUUAAAAUGAUAUUUUUAAUGGUAAAAUAGCAAAGGUAUAUGUAUGGUAUCAAUAUUUUUAGAUAUUGUAUAAAACAUGUCUCUAAUUUUGUUCCAUUUGUUUUGUUCUUUCAAGUUUUUUUUUUAAUGUAAAUUGAGGAGGCUUAAAAUAUCAUAAUUGAUAAUUUCAAAUAAUAAAAGUAGAAAGAUUGUUGUACAAAGUGCCAGUCAUUCAAAUGACUCAUUUACAUUUCAAAGCUGUUUUUUUUGUUAUUUAGCUCAGGGUGAGCUUUUGUGAUCGCUUUUCGUCCGGCGUCCGUCCGUCGUCCGUCCGUAAACUUUUACUUUAAAUGACAUCUCCUCAUAAACCAUUGAGCCAAUUUCAUCAUAACUUCACAGGAAUGUUCCUGUGGUGGUCACCUUAAAAAAUUGUUCAAAGAAUUUAAUUUCAUGCAGAACUCUGGUUGCCAUGGCAACCAAUAGAAAACACUUUAAAUAUCUUCUUUUAAAAAACCCAAAGCGGUAGAGCUUAGAUAUUUGGCAUGAAACAUCUUCUAAUGGGUGUCUACCAAGUUUGUUCAAAUAAAAGCCCUGGGGUCAAAAUUGGCCCCGCCCCAGGGGGUCAUUGGUUUUCCCUAUAUGCAUAUAGUAAAAACUUAUAAAAUCUUCUUUUAAAGAACCCAAAGAGCUAGAGCUAAGAUAUUUAGCAUGAAACAUCUUCUAAUGAGUGUCUAUCAAGUUUGUUCAAAUAAAAGCCCUGGGGUCAAAUUGGCCCCGCCCCAGGGGGUCAUUGAUUUUCCCUAUAUGCAUAUAGUAAAAACUUGUAAAAUCUUCUUUUAAAGAACCCAAAGAGCUAGAGCUAAGAUAUUGAGCAUAAAACAUGUUCUAAUGGGUGUCUACCAAAUUUGUUCAAAUAAGAGCCCUGGGGUUAAAAUUUGCCCUGCCCCGGGGGUCAUUGAUUUUCCUUAUAUGUGAAAAGCAAAAACUUUAAAUUAAAAAUUCUUUGAAAAAAAACUAAAAAGCUAGAGUUUAGAUACUAAGCAUGAAACAUCUUCUAGUGAGUGUCUACAAAGUUUUUUCAAAUAAAAGUCCUUGGGUCAAAAUUGGCCCUGCCCUGGGGUUCAUUGAUUUUAUUUAUGUGUAUAGCAAAAACUUAUAAAAUCUUCUUUGAAAAAACCCAAAUAGCUAGAGUUAAGAUAUUUAGCAUCAAACAUCUUCCAGUUAGUGUCUUCAAAGUUUGUUCAAAUAAAGCCCUAGGGUCAAAAUUGGCCCUGCCCUGGGGAACAUUGAUUUUCCUUAUAUGUGUAUAGCAAAAACUUAAAAAUCUUCUUUAAAAAAAACCCGAAAAACUAGAGUUUAGAUAUCAAGCAUGAAACAUCUUCUAGUGAGUGUCUCCAAAGUGUGUUCAAAUAAAAGCCCUGGGGUCAAAACUGGCCCCUCCCUAGGGGUGUCAUUGCUUUUAACUAUAUGUGUAUAGUUUAAACUUAAAAAAUCUUUUUCUAAAAAACUCAACGAGCUAGACCUUAGAUGUUUAGCGUGAAAUAUCUUCUAAUGGGUGUCUAUCAAGUUUGUUCAAAUAAAAGCCCUGGGGUUUAAACUGGCCCUGCUCUGGGGGCCUAUAUACAGGUGAGCGACUUCAGGGCCAUCAUGGCCCUCUUGUUUUUUGUUGCUGUUGUUGUUUUUUUUCCUUUUUUUCUUUUUUCAAUGAAUAGUUCUAAUAAAGAGACUACGCACAAUAAUACAUUUCAAGAGACAGAUUAUUACUGGUAAAUACUCAAAGAAAUAAUAUACAAAGAUGGAUACUCACCUCUUCUAUAGUGCCUGGUGUAUUAACUGGAUUUUGUGGCAUUUCAGUAAAUGCAGUUGACUUAAGAUUUAUAUAUGCACGUCUCCCUGCUUAGUUCAAUAGGGAGUGCACUUGAUAUGUAAUUUGAGAGUUGUGGUUUGAUCCUUUGUGUGGCCACUAUAAAUCUCAAAUUGGUAAUUACUGGUUAGUUAUACAGGAAAGACAGAUAGGUUGACUGCCUACAGAGAUAUGACCAAACAAGUGUUAAAAUGUGCAUAUUUAACCAAACAAACGGUUUAUGUAUUUAUUAGCAUAUUAAUUCUUGUAGUUAAAUAGCAUGCAAGACAUAUAUUAGCUACACGAAUAUAAAAAUUUGAUUUGACAGGGGUAAGUGCCUUGGCUUAAAGAUUGAGAGAUCUAUUGAGAGAAAUACAACCAAAGAUGAAAAUUGCAGAUUAAAUGUGUCUUUGAACUGAUUAGUCUUAAUGUGCUUUUUUUUUAGCUUAUAUAAGCAUAAUUGUUUCAAUGAUACUCAUAGAGGGUGAAUUUUUUAGUAAACGUUUUUACUGUUUCUGUGUUAAUUAACCUGGAUUUUAUUAUGCCCCCACUUCAAAGAAGAGGGUAUAUUGCUUUGCACUUGUUGGUCCGUCAGUCCUUAGACCAAAUGGUUUCCGAGUGAUAACUAAAGAACCCUUAGGCCUAGGAACUUCAAACUUGGUAUGGUGAUUGGUCAUGACCAGUAGAUGACCCCUAUUGAUUAUGGGGUCAAGGAGUCAAAGGUCAAGGUCACAUUGACCUUGUAAGCAAAAACGGUUUCCGAGCAAUUACUAAAGAACCUUAAGGCCAAGGAACUUCAAACUUGAUAUGGUGAUUGGUCAUGAUCAAUAGAUGACCCCUAUUGAUUUUGGGGUCAAUGGGUCAAAGAUCAAGGUCACAUUGAACUCUUGGGUAAAAAUGGUUUCCGAUCAAUAACUAAAGAACCCUUAGGCCUUGGAACUUCAAACUUGAUAUGGUGGUUGGUCAUGAUCAGUAGAUGACCCCUAUUGAUUUUGGGGUCAAAGGUCAAAGGUCAAGGUCACAUUGAACUCUUGAGUAAAAAUGGUUUCCGAUCAAUAACUGAAGAACCCUUAGGCCUAGGAACUUCAAACUCAGUAUGGUGAUUGGUCAUGACCAGUAGAUGACCCCUAUUGAUUUUGGGGUCAAGGGGUCAAAGGUCAAGGUCACAUUGACUUUGUAAGCAAAAACGGUUUCCGAGCAAUAACUAAAGAACCUUAAGGCCUAGGAACUUCAAACUUGAUAUGGUGAUUGGUCAUGAUCAGUAGAUGACCCCUAUUGAUUUUGGGGUCAAAGGUCAAGGUCACAUUGAACUCUUGGGUAAAAAUGGUUUCCGAUCAAUAACUAAAGAACCCUUAGGCCUAGGAACUUCAAACUUGAUAUGGUGGUUGGUCAUGAUCAGUAGAUGACCCCUAUUGAUUUUGGGGUCAAUGGAACAAAGGUCAAGGUCACAUUCAACUCUUGAGUAAAAAUGGUUUCCGAUCAAUAACUAAAGAACCCUUAGGCCUAGGAACUUCAAACUCGGUAUGGUGAUUGGUCAUUUCCAGCAGAUGACCCCUAUUGAUUUUGGGGUCAAGGGGUCAAGGUCACAUUGACCUUGUAGGUAAAAAAAAAUUCUGAUAAACAACUAAAGAACGCUUAGGCCUAGGAACUUCAAACUUUGUAUGAUGAUUGGUCAUGACCAGUAGAUGACCCCUAUUGAUUUUGGGGUCAAGGGGUCAAUGUCAUAUUGACCUUGUACUUAAUGACUAGGGCUGGGGCGAGUAUCCGAGUACUCGGAUAAUCACGAAUCAAAGUGAAAAAUCGAGUUUUAAUUAUUCGUAACCCCACAGAUCGUGGAUCGCGAUCUUAUUUGUUUAUAUACAUUCACUGUUUAUCACACUCUAAAAGUCAAGAAAAAUACGAUUUGAGUAUAAAUAAAGGGAAGUUUACCUAAAUACAAUUUGCCCGUUAAAGACCAUGUAUCAUGAUGCUGAGCUAGGAAGUAAUUGGUUAAAAAAACAACAAAAAAACUACUAAUCCAAAGAAUAAAAACAUAAACCUAAUUUAUAUUUGCAUAUAUGUUUAAUGUUUAGUAUUGUGUUUUUUUUAAUAAACAUGUUUUAGAACUAAUGUAAAUGUUAUUAUAACUAUGGGUGUCUUGAUAACAAAAGAAUUGUGGUUCGAUUUGAGAAUCGUAAGUGCUGAAUCGUGGUUCUGAUCGGAUUGUCACUUAUCCGACGAUCUACAUCCCUAUUAAUGACGGUUUCUGACCAAUAACUCAACAACUCAAGUUGCCUUGGUUGAUAUUUUUAUAUUAAACUAAAAAUGCUUUUGGUAUACACAUUUGAAGGUCUUAUGUAGUAUAACAACUUGGGUGUCAUUAAUGAGCCCUACAUGAUUCAUAAAAUUUAUGCAUAUAUUAUUUGGUAAGAUUUGUAAUAACUUAAAUUGCUUCACACAACCUAUGGGGUCACAAUAAUUAUUACCUUGUGACUAGUCAUGACCAGUAGAUACUAGAUAACCCUUAUUAAUUGUUUGUUCACUGGGUCAGAAGUCAUGCAUAAUAACCUGAUCACAUGACUAAUUGGCUGCCGAUAGGGGGCAUACAUGUUUUACAAACAUAUCUUGUUUAAUCUUGCAUUAUACACUUUUUGCUUAUCACUGUAAGGUUUGCCUUCAUUUUGUAAAUUACAUAAAUUUUGUUAAUGUAUAUUUUGAUUACUUAUAUUGUUUAUUUGUCUAGGAUCUACUUUAUUAACUUAAAUAUCUCACUUUAAAUUUAUAGGUUUUUUAAACAGUUCCAUGCUUCUAUUUUUGUAUAUAAUUGAAUAUUAUUGUGCUUGUUUAAAAGUUGUUUUCAACUCUUCAAACUUACAUUCAUCUUGAAGGAUAUUUUUAAUAUUUAAUGAAAAAUUAUUAGAAAUGCUUUCUUUAUAUACCUUACAGAUAUAAUAUGUAGCCUUUUGGUCCCCGUCCUCCGCUCUUUACAUGUUCUUUAAUAAAUUACAAUUUGUGGAUUUAUCAGAUACAUGCAAACAUCAAUUAACAAGCCACACAAAAUAUUGCAUGCAAUCUAAACAGCAUUCAAGUUUUGCUUGACAUUUCAGACUACACUCAUUAGUUCAGUGUAUGGAGAAUUGCUAGACUUUCAUGAUUCUUUCUGAAUUACUGUAAUGAUCUGAUAAGAGCUUUACAACAUCUGUAUAGUUGAUACUACAUAAAAUUAACUUUUAUAACUUUUUUAGAACAAUGUUUUCAUUAGGCAGUUUAAAAAUUAAGCAAUUUGAAAUUUCUGUUUUUUGUCCAUGUCUAUUUAGUUAUAAAUGUCUAUAAUAAAACUGGAAGAUAUGUCAUUUGAGCCGCAUCCGCGCAGUCUGAUCAGGAUCAAUGCUGUUUGUUAUCAGUUUCUCUACUUGUUAUAGGGUUUGUAAGCGAACAGCAUGGAUCCUGAUCAGACUGAGCGGAUGCACAGGCUGGUCUGGAUCCAUGCUGGUUGCAAACCCAUUAUGUUGGUUCUGUCCUCACGCGGCUCAUUUUAAUUGAGGAAAAAACAAUGAAUGAACUCAACUUUGUAUGUGUACGGUUUGUUAAAAUUUGUUUCUAAUGAAUUUGAAAUAACUCGUAAAAUUGAAAACAUAUACUCUUUGUAGAACUUCAACUUAAUAAUGCUAUAAUUUAUUACUGUUAUGGAAAAUUUUGCAGGUAAUUUUUAUAAGUAAUAUUUUUGUAUGACAAAAAUUUUUAAAGUGAAAAUGGGAUGUAUUGAAAUAAUUGUACGUGUAUGUGUGUUUCUAAUGAUUUUUUUUCCCUUUUAUUCAUAAAUUUUACUUAUUCAUAAUUUUUUUUACAUGAGCUAGUUCUCAGUCAUUUAAAUGUGAACUCACAAUUGUUAUCAUAAUUGUUGAAUGCUUAGUAGAUGACCUGGUAAUAGAUAAAUGUUUCUUUUCUACCCAAGUUUAUCUCAAAUAUUUCUUUUGGAUUAAUUAUAAAUGAAAUAAAAUGUAAAGAUAAUAUUAAAAUCACAGAAAACAAUAAAAGCUAUUUGCAGUUUUAUGUAAAAAUAAAUUCAGAAAUUGUCAAAUGAAAUUAUAAUAUAUGGUAAUAUGGAAAAAGAACAACAGGUUUAAAUGCAUAUUAGAUAGCAGAGUUGUAUGUUAAUUGUUGAAGUUUAAUACCAAACAGUCAUUACUUGAUAACAUAAGGAGCAAAAUAGCACAUAAUAUUGGUGCAAUUUAUUGAAACUCAUAGCAUUUGAUACAGGGUUGUUCCAGCAGUGUUACUUGUGUUACAGUCAUUUUAAGUGAAAUAUAUAUUUUAGGCAAAGUUGGUGUUGAAACAAAUGCCAAAUGUUUCAAAAAGUUUCUUGUAUCUAAGUACCAAGAAAUUAAUUAUAAGAGUAUUAGCCUCUCGUGUGAUAUUAGCACAAAUCCUGAUAAAAUUAUUACAGGUAUAGACUCGGGG